AUGUGGCGCUCGUGUGGGCGCCUUGGUGCGGCUCGGGUGCCCGUGAAUGCGGCUCGUCGAUGGUCGCACACUUCGGCGGCUCAGACUCGGCGUUCCUUCUUGCGUUUCUUCCAAGAGGGCGACCAUGCCAUUGUGCCGUCGGCCUCGAUUGUGCCGUACCAAGACCCCUCGAUUCCGUUUGUUAAUGCGGGCAUGAACGCCUUCCGAGGUGUGUUCACGGGCGUGGAUCCGCCGCCGGCCCCCCGCGUGGCCAAUGUGCAAAAAUGUAUCCGGGUUAGCGGGAAGCACAAUGAUAUACAGGAUGUCGGUUCUGACGGGACGCAUCAUACCUUCUUUGAAAUGAUGGGCAACUGGUCGUUUGGGGAUUAUGGGCGGGUGGAGGCGUGUCAAUGGGCCUGGACCCUGUUGACCGAGGUGUACGACUUGUCGCCUGAUCGGUUGUUCGUCACCUAUUUCCAAGGCUGUCCCCAAUUGGGUCUGGCUCCGGAUUGGGAGACGCGGGACGUUUGGUUGUCAUUAGGUCUACGACCCGAACGGGUUUUGCCUUUUGGGCCGCGGGACAACUUCUGGGAAAUGGGCGCCACGGGGCCGUGCGGACCGUGUACCGAGAUUCAUUACGAUCAUCACGGGCAGGGGGCCCGUGGCGUCAACCAAGGUUUGGCUGAUUUGGUCGAGGUCUGGAAUAUCGUGCUCAUCAAUCAUGUUCGUACUGGGGCGCAUCAAAUCGAGCCCAUUGUCGGAUCGACCUUUGUAGACACGGGUCUGGGUUUGGAGCGACUGGUGGCCGUGCUCAAUGGCCACACGUCCAACUAUGACACGGAUCUUUUUCAGCCCAUUUUCCACGCCCUCACCGAUGUCACCGGAGCGGCGGGAUAUCAAGGUCGGUUUGGCCCGGGUGCCGAAUUAGACACGGCUUACCGCAUUAUCGCCGAUCACAUCCGCAUGCUCGUGGUGUGUGUGGCGGAUGGGGUCUACCCGGAUUCCAACCAUCGGGUCCGCAAUGUGAUGCGGCGAAUGUUUCGGGCCUCUAUGAGACACUUUCAGGGCGACCAGGUGGCCUUAGUAGAGGCGGCGCACGUGGCCAGUCAGAUUUUGAGUCAGGCCUAUCCGGAAAUGGGCCAAAUCUCAACCCAGGCCGAAAUCAUCCUCGAUUUCGAACGCGAGCAUUACCAACAUACGCUCAAUCACGCGGAAAAUCUCGCACCAAAAUUGGUUCAGCGUUGUCCUAAAGCCCAGGCCUUGGAGAUCUUUGACGUUCCUCAAAUCUAUGAUUCCGUGGAACACUUCCGAAGACAUCACCGGAAUGCGGAGGUGAUCGACGAAAACAUGGCCCGGUUCUGCAUUCAAAGCUAUGGAUUAGAUGAUCGUCUACUGAAUCUCGUUUCCCAUGUGACGGGCAUACCGUUAAAGCCUGAUCUUGUGUGCAGUGAAAUCUUGCGAGACAUUCACUCGAAAACUAAAACAGAUUCCGCAAUCUGGCCCUCGAAGAGCUUGUACCAAUCCGUGCCUCCGACAGAUGAUCAACAUAAAUAUACUUAUCAGUGCAAAGGUAAUGCCUAUGGCUUUCCCGUGGUGAUAUCGCAAGUCCAAUCCGUGUUUUCAUCCAAGGGCCAUCCAGUCCCAUCUUUAUCGGAUGGCGAGGAAGGCAUGAUUUUGUUGGAUCAAACUUGCUUAUAUUCAACAGCAGGCGGUCAAGCCUCCGAUGAAGGGCUUCUGAAGCUCGAUCGCAAAGGACGUUUCGAGAUAUCGCACGUGGAACAAAUCCCGGACUCCCCAGGACAUCUUGCUCAUUUCGGAAAAAUGGUGGGUGGCGUCAUUACGCCCCAUGAGAAAGGCCGGUUGACCUUGAACGCCAUACGACGCAUCAAAUUGAUGCAAAAUCACACGGGCACCCAUCUUUUAAACAGUGUCUUGAACAAGAUCUUGCCGUUGACCUGCCAAAAAUCCAGUCAUAUCGGGGACGCUCAUUUCAGGUUCGACUUCAGCAUCUUCAAUGCAACUUUCAACUUGGGCACUAUCAUUGACAUUGAAAAGACCAUGAACGAGCUGAUCGAGGAGAAUCGACCCAUUGAGCGUCUCACCCUGAGCAAAUCGGAGUUUCAGGACUUGGACAAUGUGGUGCAGAUUCCCGGGGAGCAUUAUCCGGAUCCUGUAUUCGUGGUCCGACUUCCCAAUGGUCACACCGAGCCUUGUUGCGGGACUCACUUGGUGAAGACCGGUGAUGUUCAGGCCUUUGCCAUAGUCGAUUCCAGCACACCCGUGUACGGCGUUCGCUCCUUCAAGUGUGUCACGGGCGAAAAGGCUGUGGAUACCCGUGAGGCGGGGAUUCGACACAUUGAGCGCGUGUUCGGAGUCAAGGAAGCCUCGGAUAAGAUCGAUGCCACGGCGGGGGAAUCUGUUUUGGCCGGCAUGGUCCGGAAAUUGAAGAAAGAAAAAGAGAACCUCCGUGGGAAUACGACCAUUCCGUACUCGGUGCGGAUGGAGUUGCUCACCGUGAUCGACUUGUCCUUGAAUCGAAUCCUUCCGUUUUAUCGAAAGAAUGCCAAAGAGAAGGUGUUGAUGGAGUUCGAUGAAGUGUUGGCCAAUUCCUGUGAUUUGCCGUAUUUCGUUCAUCUGUUCCGAGAACAAUCCGAUACCACGGUCAAUCUCAAUGCCAUGGUGAAAAAAAUCAAGAACAAACCGGUUUUACUUGUGAUUCGCAACAACAAUUUCUUCAGUUUCAAGGCCUCGAUCCCGGAUGAACUCGUGUCCGAGACUUUUACUGCCAAGAAAUGGUUGGAUGUGGUUGUCCAACCGCUUGGAUUGGUGGCCAAGGCGCCUCAAUUGAAGAAGGAAGAUACGUUUUGCGGGGCAAAAGCUCCCAUUGUGAAUGUAGAUUCGGCUGUGGUCGAGGAUCGCCUACAAUUGGCCAUAAGUAUGGCGCAAAAUGUCACCACGUGA